AUGUUCAAGAAGAAACCCCAGGUCAAGAAUCUGUCGCCCCUCCGAUCCUCAGACCGCCGAAAACUCGCAGACCAAAUCAUCGCAGAUUAUGGCGUGUCUGUCCCGAGUGCGUCUGAGACUGGCGGGGAUGUUGCCCUGGGCCCUACUCUGACCUCCAUUCGCGCAUCACUCCUCCCCGAGAGUUGUCUGUCCGCUCGCUUCACGACGCAUUCUGGGCCUAACGCCACUCUCGUGUCUGGCACCGUCUAUGUUGGAGCGCAUCCUAGUCAAGAGGAAAGGAUACUGUGGCUACAAUAUGGCAAAGAAUCCACUAUGUUUCCCACUGUGUAUACACUCUGGCAGAAUCCUGGCCUAGUCCCCCUUUUGCAUACCCCGGACUUCGUAAUUGAGAAGUUGCGCACCGGAGCAGACCUCAUGACCCCUGGACUUGCUGGUGGGCCCCCUUGGCCUGAGAAGGCGAUACCAGGUGCCGUUGUGUCAGUAGCUAGUGUUCAGAAGGACACUGUUCCCGUCUGGGUAGGAACCUGCAAGAUUGACAUCAGCUCUCUUGGGCGUGUGCAGGGCAUGAAGGGUGCCGCAGUCCAAGGUUUGCACUGGGCAGGCGAUGAGAUCUACAAUUGGAGCCAAACUAGCAGUGGUGGUAGGGCCGUCCCUGACACUGUUGAAGGGUGGCAUGGCGUUGCAUCCAAGCUCGUCGAUGACCUCGAGGACCUGGAUGUAGACGACGAUGAAGACGGUGCGCAGGAGGAUGGUGGGGUUUCCUUGAAGGAGGAACCAGCAACUACCAAUGGCCAUGCUAGAGACGCCGAUCAAGACCAUGACUUGAGUGAGGAGGAAUUCGAGCACGAGCCUACUACCAAAGAAGUCGAUCAAGCCUUUCACGAAGCCUUCCUCUAUGCCAUCUACAAGGCGAAGAACAGUGGUGCUCCUCCACCCCGUUAUGGCCUCGAUUUCCCUAUUCAACCUACCUCUUUGAUACAGAAUUUGGUCCAGCCCUAUCUCCGCCGCCAGUCGCCACAUUACAAUAUCAAAAAGACGAGCUGGAAAAACACCAAGAAAUUCAUUAAACAACUCGACAAAGAAGUCCUCGUGAAGUCCAAGGACCGCAACGGCGGUGAGACUGUUAUUCUCGACAUCGAUUUCGAUGAUCAGCAAGUAAAACAAUUCGUUCCCUACCGGCUUCCCAAGCCUAAGCCAACCUCCUCAUCCGCCAUAACCACAAAUACUGCCAAUGGCGACUCGGGCUUUCAAGACCUUCAAAUCGUCACCAUCUACAAACCGUCUCCCAAGAUCACGCCUACUCUUUUUCCCAGCCCUGGCACCUUCUACACGGCCUCUCAGAUUCAGAACCACCUGAAAGCCUACGUUGCGUCUGAGCCGGACCUUACCAAAGGAACCUCCUCGCCGGCACACCUACGUCUCAACCCCUUUCUCGCUAAUACGGUUCUGCCCUCACAUCAUCAGCCUGAAAUCACCCGCAACGCUCUCAACCGCCACCUCUUCGACACGCCCACCCUCCUGUCACCAUACUACAUUCUCCUCACCAGUCCCGCCGCACUUGCCGCAUACAAUCCGGCCGAUCCGACCGCCGUGUUAGCAUCGCACAAGCCGCGCGCCUACCCACCACCCAGCGUGCUGAUUACGCUGGAGAAGCGCACGGGCUCCAAAACGGUCACACGCGUCAGCGGCCUGGAGCCCUUUGGCAUCAAUCCUACCACGCUAGGACCGGAGCUGCAGAGAAAGGCAGCGGGGUCGGCGUCCGUGGGCCAGUUGGUUGGCGGCAAGCCUGGCACGCUUGAGAUUACGGUCCAGGGCGAUCAGCGUGAUGUUGUUAAACAUGAGGUGUUCAAGCGUGGUGUUAAGUCUGAGUGGGUAAAAGUGGAGGAUAAGGCGAAUAAGAAGAAGGGCGGCAAGUCGUGA